UCUGUCAACGAGAGAAUUCCACAAACCUCUUUGCUUUGACAAAAUGGACAAAGUGGAUGACCUUUCAGCCUACGGUGAAGCUGCUCCUUACCUCAGGAAACGCCCAGAACAGCUGAAGGCAAUCCAGAAUGUUCCAUUUGACUGUAAAAAGAAAGUCUGGGUCCCUGACAAGAAGGAAGUUUAUAUUGAAGCGGAAAUUAAGGAACGGAGUGGUGGGAAAAUUGUUGUGGAGACAGCCGCUGGGCAAAAAUUGACUCUGAAGGAAGGGGAUGCUCAGGAGAUGAACCCGCCUAAAUUCAGUCUGAUUGAAGAUAUGGCUAUGCUAACUCAUCUGAACGAGGCGUCUGUGCUGCACAACCUCAGGCAGAGAUAUGCAAACUGGCUAAUCUAUACGUACUCCGGGUUGUUCUGUGUCUCAGUAAACCCUUACAAAUGGCUCCCUGUGUACACGCCACCCGUGGUUACAGCCUACAAACGGAAACGCAAAGGCGAUGCUCCCCCGCAUAUAUACUGCAUGGCAGACAACGCCUACUUCGAUAUGUUGAGCAAUCGUGAGAACCAGUCCAUGCUGAUCACGGGCGAGUCUGGAGCUGGGAAAACAGUGAACACCAAGAGAGUGAUUCAGUACUUUGCGAUAAUUGCUGCCCAAGGAGAGCCUGCGAUGAAGAAGACGGUAAGCAGGCCAGCCCUGCCCGGCUCCCUUGAAGAUCAGAUCAUUGAGGCUAAUCCAGCUAUGGAAGCGUUUGGAAAUGCGAAGACUGUUCGGAAUGACAACUCUUCUAGAUUUGGCAAAUACAUACGGAUCCAUUUUGGACACACAGGCAAGCUGUCUUCUGCUGACAUCGAUACCUACUUGCUGGAAAAAUCGCGCGUUGUAUUCCAACAGCCUGGUGAACGGAGUUAUCACAUUUAUUACCAGAUCCUGUCCGGCAAGAAAAAGGAACUUCAGGAUAUCCUGAUGGUGUCUACCAAUCCCCAUGAGUACCACUGCUGCUCACAAGGAGUUGUGACUGUGGACAUGCUUGAUGAUGGUGCUGAGCUAAUGGCAACUGAUCACGCUAUGGACAUCUUGGGAUUUUCCACAGAAGAAAAAUACAACUGCUACAAAAUGGUGGGGGUGAUCUUGCAUUUUGGGAACAUGAAGUUCAAACAGAAGGCAAGGGAGGAGCAAGCUGAAAUAGACGGAACAGAAAGUGCAGAUAAAGCUGCCUGCUUACUGGGAAUUCGCUCGACAGACCUGAUCACCAGCCUGCUACACCCUCAGGUGAAGAUCGGCAAUGAGUGUGUGACCAAGGAUCAGAAUGUGGGACAGGUCCUUUACGCUGUAGGAGCUUUGGCGAAAGCCACGUACGACCGGAUGUUCUCAUGGUUGGUAACGCGGAUAAACAAGACACUGGACACAAAGUUGGCGAGCAAAUUCUUCAUCGGAGUCCUGGACAUUGCAGGGUUCGAGAUUUUCCAACUGAACAGCUUCGAGCAGCUCUGCAUUAACUUCACCAACGAGAAACUGCAGCAGUUCUUCAAUCAUCACAUGUUCGUACUCGAACAGGAAGAAUACAAGAUGCAGGGCAUCGAGUGGACCUUCGUUGACUUUGGCAUGGAUCUACAGGCCUGCAUCGACCUGAUUGAGAAGCCGUUGGGAAUCCUGUCGAUCCUGGAGGAGGAGUGUAUGUUCCCGAAGGCCACAGACAUAACCUUCAAUGCAAAGCUCCACAACAAUCUCCUGGGAAAGUCACCGAACUUUCUGAAACCGAAGCCUGACAAGAAGAGAAAAUAUGAGUCACACUUUGAGAUCUUGCACUAUGCUGGCGUGGUCCCCUACAACCUCCAUGGCUGGCUGGACAAAAACAAAGACCCUUUAAAUGAAACCGUGGUGGAUCUAUUCCAACAAUCCUCGAAUGAGUUAGUGGCUGUCCUGUACCAGGAUUACGUCAGUGCAUAUACAGAACAGAAACAGCAAGGAGUGAAGACCAGGAGAAGGAAAGCUGCCUCGUUCCGCACUGUCUCACAGCUGCACAAAGAAAACCUGAACAAACUGAUGACAAAUCUCCGUUCGACCCAGCCACACUUUGUCCGUUGCAUCAUUCCCAACGAGACCAAGACUCCAGGUGUCAUCGAGCCCCAUCUCGUGCUCCAUCAGCUGCGGUGUAAUGGUGUCCUGGAAGGAAUUCGGAUUUGCCGCAUCGGUUUCCCGAACCGCAUCUUCUACGGAGAAUUCAAGCAGAGAUACUGGAUCUUGAACCCGAAUGUCCUGCCAAAGGACACUUACGUGGACAGCAGGACAGCAGCAGAGGCGCUCCUGGCAUCACUGGCCAUCGAUCGGAGUCAGUACCGUUUUGGGCACACCAAGGUGUUCUUCAGAGCUGGUCUGCUCGGUUUACUGGAAGAGAUGAGAGACAAGAGGCUGGCCAAGGUUCUGACUCUGAUGCAAGCCAAAUGUCGGGGCAUGUUAGCACGUUUGGAGUUUGCCAAGUUGGUGAAGUUAAGGGACGCUGUCCAGAUCAUCCAGAGAAACUUCCGGGCUUUUCAGAGGUUGAAGACAUGGAGUUGGAUGAAGCUGUUUUACAAAAUCAAGCCUCUGCUGAAGUGUGCGGAGACGGAGAAGCAGCUUCAGGAGCUGAAGGAAUCGCUUGAGAAAUCUGAGAGUAUGAGGAAGGAGAUGGAAGACCAACAUCAGAAGCUGAUCCACGAGAAAGAUAGCCUUCUGCAGCAACUGCAGACUGAUCAGGAGAACCUGGCUGAUGCCGAGGAGAGGUGCGAGCUGCUGGUCAAGACCAAGCGACAUCUCGAAUCCAAAAUCCAGGAGCUUCUGGAAGGUUUGGAGAGUCAGAUGGAGAUGAGCCAAGAGCUGACCAACAGGAAGCAGAAAUUGGAGGAGGAAUGUGGGCAGAUGAAGUCCAAUAUUGAAGCCUUGGAGAGUACCCUGAGCAAAAUGAGCAAAGAGAAGCGUGCCGCUGAAAAUAAGUUGACCAACCUAACGGACGAAACAUCAGAGAUGAACGUGUUGAUUGCGAAGUUGAGAAAGGAGAAGAACGCUCUUCAGGAAGCCCAUCAGAAUAUUCUGGAAGAUCUGCAAAUGGAGGAGGAGAAGGUCAACAGUUUGAGCAAGGCCAAGGCGAAAUUUGAACAGCAAGUGGAAGAUAUGGAAGUAUCCUUGGAAGAGGAGAAGAAAAUCCGCAUGGAAAUUGAUCGUACCAGGAAGAAGCUGGAGGAAGAUCUGAAACAAGCCCUUGAGUCAGUGAUUGAUUUGGAAAGUCACAAAGUGCAAAUGGAGGAAAAGCUGAGGAGGCGGGAGUUUGAGAUCGGUGAGCUCCAGACAAGUAUCAGUGAGGACCAGAGUUUAAUUUCGAAGCUGCAGAAGAGGCUGAAGGAGCUGCAGGGCCAGAACCAGGAGCUGACCGAGGAAUUGGAGAGUGAGCAGAGUGCCCGAGCAAGGAGCGAGAAGCAGCGAGCAGAGCUCGAGCUGAGGUUACAGGAGCUGACUCAGAGGCUACACGAUGCAGGAGGGCAGAGCAGCUCACAGGCAGAGCUCACAAAGAGGCAGGAGGCAGAGUGCCAGAGACUGCGCAGAGAGCUGGACGAGUGCCACCUAUGCCAGGAGAAAGUGGUGGCAGAGCUGCAGAGGAAGCAGCUGGGCGCUGUGGGCGAUCUGGAGGAGCAGGUCGAGAGGCUGCAAUAUGCCAGACAAAGCCUAGAGAAGGAGAAGCAAGCCAUGAAGACCAACAUGGACAUGAUGACUUCAAAUAUCGAACAACUCUCCAGGGCAAAGCUCGAGUUUGAGAGACGCUGCCACGCACAUGAGGCCGAAGCGAGAGACGCCAAAUGCAAAGUGGAGGAACUUCAGAGUGAACUGAAAGACCUUCGAGCGCACAUGAGCAGGAGUAAAUCCGAGCAAGGAGACCUGGCUCAGCAGUUACAGGAACGCGACGCUGUAAUUGCGCAGUCAGCUCGGAUGAAAGUGGCCAUGAACCAGCAGCUCGAGGAGCUGAGGAACCAGCUGCAGGAGGAAUCGAGGCUCAGGAUGGGAUUGUCUCAGAGCCUGCAGGAUGCCCGCAGUGAUUGCGAGCUCCUCCGGGGGCAGCUUGAUGAGGAGCAGGAAGAACGGUCCGUCCUACAGAAGAGCCUCAGCAAAGCCAACGCUGACGCUGUGCUGUGGAAAUCAAAAUACGAGGCAGAUGGUGUUCAGAAACUGGCUGAGCUGGAGGAGGCCAAGAAGAAUCUAGCUUCCCGCCUUCAGGGAACAGAGGACAGGGCCGAGGCUGCUGGCAACAAGUGCGCUUCCUUGGAAAAGGCCAAGAACCAGCUGCAGGCCGAGGUGGGGGACCUCAACGCCGAGCUGGAGAGAUCCCACGCUGCCACGGUCGCUCUCGAGAGGAAGCAGCAAAACUUUGACAAGAUCCUAAAUGAGUGGAGAGUGAAAGUGGAGCAGUCGCAGGCAGAGCUGGAGGCAGCCCAGGGAGAAAGGAGGGAGAUUAGCACCCAACUGCUGAAGCUUAAAGUGGCCUUUGAUGAAUCGGUUGACUCGAGGGAGGCGCUGAAAAGAGAGAACAAGCACCACCUGGAGGAGAUCAGCUCGCUAACAGAGCAGCUCAGCGAGGCCACGCGUCACAGGCAUGAGAUGGACAAGGGAAUGAAACGGCUCCAAGAGGAACACGCUCAGCUCCAGGUGGCCCUGGAAGAGCUACAGAACGAGGUGCAGACUGCAGAGAACAGGAGCAACCGUCUUCAUAUGGAACUGUCUCAGCUGCAGAGUGAGAAUGAGAGGAAGCUGAAGGAGAAGGACGAUGAGAUGGCCAACAUGAGACGGACCCAGCAGCGCACAGUAGAUAUCCUGCAGGCGGACCUGGAGAACGAGAUCAGGAGCAGAAGUGAAACUCUCCGAAUACAGAAGAAAAUGGAAAACGACCUGAAUGAGAUGGAGCAGCAAAUGAACGAAGCGAUUCGCAGGAGCAGCGAGGCUCAGAGAGCUGUUCGCAACUUACUCUCACAGGCAAAGGAUCUACAGGCCCAGCUAGAGUCUAGCUCUCUGUUGAAUGAGGGGCUGAAAGAGGAGCUGAGUGCGUCGAAUCGCCGUGUGGUCACCCUGAGCGCUGAGAUGGAGACCGUGCGGAACCUACUGGAAACCGCGGAGCGCAACUGUAAGGCUGCAGAGCAGGAGCUGCAGGAUGGGCGUGACAGAACAGAAAUGAUUCUGUCUCAGAACAUAAAUCUUAUAAAUCUGAAGAAGAAAUAUGAAUAUGACAUCGAGCAACUGAAUCAACAAGUUGAGAAAUUAGUGCAAGAAUUCCGUGUCGAGGCUGAGAGCUGCCGAAAGGCCAGAAACGAGGUAACAGCAGUGACCGAGAAGUUAAAGAAAGAACAGGAUAUCAACUCCAGCCUGCAACUGGCCAAGAAGAGCCUGGAACUGACCAUCAAAGACUUGCAGGAACAGCUGGAUGAUGCUGAGAUGGGGGCACUGAAGAGCAUCAAGAAACAGCUGCACAAGAUGGAGGCUCGGAACCGAGAGUUGGAGGAGGAAAUUUACAUUGAAAAGAAGAAGAACGCUGACUUACAAAGAGGGAUAAAGAAGCAGGAACGCUGUGUGAAAGAACUCAACUUCCAGACUGAAGAAGAUCAAAAGAAUUUAAAAAGGCUACAGGAAGUGAUUGACCAAAUGCAGCUGAGGAUGAAAACUUACAAGCAGCAAACGGAGCAGGCAGAGGAACAGGCCAACAUCAACCUCUCAAAGUUCCGGAAAAUCCGGUAUGAGCUGCAAAAUGCGGAGGAGCGAGCGGACGCAGCCGAAAAUCAAGUGAACAAACUACGGCCAAAGGCAAUGUAGCUCUACAGUUAGGGUAACAACCGAUGGAAUGCAAGAUGACUUCGUGACCAGACGUGAGCCGCAGUGAAAUAUGAUUGCUUCAGCUGAGACACUAGUUUAGAGAAUCGAGGAGAUCUUGCUAUCAAUGCUAUGCCCCUGGUUGUGAAAUCAUAGAUCAUUGGAGGGCUGUGACACAUAGAGUUUUGCCAAUAGCUAAACAAGAUUUACUUUGAAUAAUCAUUUUGUUGAAUUUUUUAAAAAGAUUUAAUGAAAAUAUGUUGGCUUUUACACCAAGCAUGGAAACAUGACUGAUUCACCCUCAUUAGAACUGCCUCUGGUGCCAUCACUGCACCAUUUUAAUGUUUCAUACGACUGCAGUCACGGAAAUACACAAACGUACCUAUGCGGCUCACUUUUCUGAGUCAGGAGGUAGCAGAUUCAAGACCUGUUGCAGGCUUCUAGAUCAUAAUCGAGGCAGUUCCCCAAGGAUUCCUGCAUGUCGCAGAUGCUGUCUUUCACAUUUAACGUUUAACCAGAAAAUACUUGCCCCUCCAACUAGAUCACAUAGAUGCAAGCGAUGCCACUGUUUGAAGAGGAGUAAGCUUGUCUCCUGGUCAACAUUUAUUGCUCAACUCAGAUAAAGUGAUCAAUAAUCCAUCACUGAUGAGACAUUGCUAUGUGGCGACUGACUAGCUGCUGCGCUUUUCCUGACAUUACCAAGUGACAAAGCAUUUUUAAUUGAGAAUGGCGUGAAAGUCACUAUAUCAGUCCAAAUUCUUUCCUUGCUCAUUGUAGACCAACUGCCAUUAUAAUGUUGAAAACGAAGCAAGAUACAACUGCAUUUCGCUCCUGAAGAUCUGAGCUCCACUUCCAUGUCACUCCUGAUACAGAAUCUUUGGGAGAGGGUUCGGAAAGAGGCAUCUCUAAAUUGAUAGCGUACAACCUGAUCAGAGCAUCUGAGUGCGGAAGUGGGAAAAUAUGGUGUCCCUUAUUUAAAAUGAGCAAAAAUAAUUUACUACAUCCUGAUCAGGGAUGAGGAAAAUAAAACAAAAUGCUACCAUCAAAACAGAAAGAUUUGGAGUUGCCUCAAGUUCUAACGCAAGGUCACACACAACACUUCCAGAUGGUCCGACAUCUGAUUCAUAUUUCCAACAGGGUCCAUUUUGGCAGCUUUCAUUUUACAGAUUACAUUUAAAGAGCAGCUUUAACAGAGCAAAAUAGCCCAAGGUGCUGCAACUGGAGCAUAAAAAUCACAUAAGGAGAUAUUAGGGAAGUUUAACAAAAUCUUGCUUAAAAGAGGUAGGUUUUAAGAAAAGCUCUGAAGGCCAGGGAAGUCAGAGGUUCAGCGUGAGAAUUUCAGAGGCUUAUGCAACUGAAGGUCUGACAUAAAUCAGGGAUGCUGUACACUGCUGGUAAAUCAGUGAGUGGUGCUAAAUCUAUCGAACUUGCAGGAAUCAAAGUAAAUAUUCUUAAACCCAAAUUAGCUCAAAUUUGAGAAGCGUAUUUUUAAAUUAUGAGAUCAGUCAACUGAGUUGAAAAUACAGAGAAUGCAAAAAGCACAAAUUUCGGAGCUUGGAGGAUCUAGUUUCAAGUCCCACUCCAGAGAUGUCAACACAAAAUUCAGGCUGACAUUUCCCACAGUACAACAUGCGCAGCUUAAUACUGUGUCAUCAGACAAGCUGUCUUUUGAAUGAGACGUUAAGAACAUGAGAAAUGGAUCAGGAACAGACCACGUAGCCCUCAGGCCUGCUUCAUAAAAAUCAGGGCCUAUCUGCACUAGUAGACAUAAAAGAUCCUGCCAUAUUAUUCAAAGAGCAGCAGGGAGCUCUCUUCGGUCUCCUGGUCAAUGUUAAUUCUCAGUUGACAACAGUAAAGUAGUUCAUUUGCUCAUUAUCACUGAAGGAGCUUGCUGUGCACAAACUGGUUUCUAAAUUUCUUAUAUGAUGACAACAACGGCUACAUUUUAGAAGUUCUUACACGUCCUGAGGCAGCGAAAGGUUUAGAUGCCUUAGCUUCAUUUUUGCCAGUUUAGCUCUCAGCUGAAGUAAUGGUAAUCACAUCAGCCACAGGAACUCAGAGUGAGGUAAGAAUCACUCAGUAACUCCACAUCCUACCCUCUCCCAUUUCAGUGAUACACUGACUCACCCAGACCGAUACAUGACCGCAGACUGGUCGAGACAGCUCCCAGAGUUGGAAAUGGUGGAAAUAACUAAUUCUAGUAAAUCCAGAAGUUUGAUGUUUCAUGGUAGUUUGUUGAUUUGCUUUCUCCCUCCUACUUUGAAUAUUGCUUUGACAGCAACAAUAGCUGGU